AUGACGUGGUCGCGCCCUGAUGACGGUGAUAUCCACGUGACAACACCAGGGGGUUAUUCUAUCAACUACAACAAUAUGGGUCCAAAUGCAGAAACGGAAUUUGGUCAUAUGGAUAAAGAUGAUAGAAAGGGCACUGGUCCAGAAAAUGUUUUCUGGAACACGACGGCGCCUACCGGUAUUUAUCGUCUUUGCUUCGAUCAAUAUGAUUUCACUAUCCGUGCAAACGCGAGCAAUCCAAUAACAGUGACAUUUGAAAUACAAAAACUAGGAGCAGCUACGCAAACGUUGACAAAAGAGUUUAUUAGUUAUGCUCGUAUCCAAGUUUCAACGACAACAAUUAAAAUUCCAUUGACAAAUAACGAUUGGCAGAUUUCAUCGCCGAAUCUAACAGCUCGUGGUAGAAUUCCUGGUACUAUUCACACAAUUCUGUUAGCAUCUAAUCUGAUUGAAGAUCCAUACUAUGGCUAUAAUGAUGUUAAUCAACGUUAUUUAAUUUAUCAGAAUUGGACAUUUCAAACGAAUUUUACAUUGACUAAAGAUCAAUUACAAAUGACCAAUUUUCAACUAGUUCUAGAACAGAUCGAUACCAUUUCAUCGGUUAUUUUGAAUGACUGUCAACUGGGUAAUACUAGUAGUAUGUUUUUCACCUAUCUAUUUAAUGUUACAAAAACAUUCUGUCAGUUGAAAGAAGACAAUAAUGAAUUGAAAAUUGAAAUACAAUCACCUAUACAAUAUGCACUUCAACAAUCUUUACUGUAUCCAUAUUAUGUUCCACCGAAUUGUACAGACUCAAAAUCACAUGGUGAAUGUCAUUAUCAAUUUAUACGCAAAGAAGCAUGUUCAUUUUCAUGGGGUUGGGUACGUAUACAUUUGCAUUAA